UGCAAACCUUCUCCUGCAGGAAGAAAUGUUUGUGCAGCCUGGGAGUGACAGAGUCAUGCUGAGUUUUCAGCAGCAGAAAUCUGCAGAGACCAGUAGAUGUGAAUACAGCUUUCGAUAAAAUCCAACAUCUCUUCAUGCUAAAAACCCUCAACAAAUUAGGCAUCAAAGGGACAUACCUCAAAGUAAUAAUAGCCAUCUAUGACAGAUCCACUGUCAACAUCAUACUGAAUGGGCAAGAGCUGGAAGUAUUCCCCUGAAGAACAGGAACAAGACGAGGAUGCCCACUGUCACCACUCCUACUGUCUGCUUUUGAGGUUAACUUCUGCUCAGCAAAACAUGACAACAGAGUAUGGAUUCACGGUCCUUCUUUGGGAACAAGCCAUUUGUGAAGGAAACCUUGACGUUGUUUUCCUCAGGGACUUGAGAAAAAAAAAAAAGGAUGCAGUGUUGAUCCAGCUGUUAAACCCUUGGAGAAUGGUGGCAUUCUUUGACAUCUGACAUUCACUAACUCUUGUCAGUGGGCUUUGGGAGUGGUGAUUUAGUAUACCACUGCCUUCCUUUGGGAGUCUGGGUUUUCAAGCAUUCGUUGGUACGUAAAUUUUAAAAAGUCAGGUUGACCAAAUGUCAAGGAGUGUUUCACAAUUCCAGUGUUAACAUUCAAUAAUAGUAAUCAUUAGAACUUUGUUUAUUGAAUGCUUGUUAUGUGACAGGCACUAUUCUAAUAACUUUCCAUGAAUUAACCCAUUGCAUAUUUCCAAGAUUAAUAUAAGGAAGGCAGUUUUAUUAUCUUCAUUUUCAAAUGAAGAGACUGAGGCCCAGAGAGGUGAAUAAAACUGCCCAAGGUAAUAGGGCUGCUUAGUGGUGGAGUUAGAUAUAAACCUAGGUGGUCUGGCUCCAGAGUCCACAUAUCCACACCCCUGGUAACUGCUUCUCUUGUGCCAGGGUACAGCAUACUUUCUGUUAUAAUUUUCAUUUUAAUCUUAUUGGCACAAUUUGGAUUUCUUUUGAUUCUUUUUAGGGUGUUGGUACUAACUUUUGUGCAUGAAAGGGAGAGAGGGAGAGAGGAGAGAGAAAAAGGAGGGGAGAGAAAAUAAUCUCUGAAAAGAUUUUUAAAAUUUAACUUUAAGAUAAAUUGUGUACAACAUUUCUCAUGCCUUGGUUAUUUACAUUUUAUUGGGGAGGGAGCUUGUAACUGUUAUUAGGAGUACCAGAGGCUCCUGAGACCCAAGAGCAGGGACCGCAUCUGUGUGUCUUUGUCUCCCAUAUGCUUGGCAUAGUUCUGGGCACAUAGUAUUUGCUUUGUAAUUUUUCAUUGAGAAUAAAGUUGCUGUACUUGAAGAGUUAAAGCUCCAGUUUCUGAAAAGCUUACUUUUUCCAAACACUUUACUUCCAGCUAGUUGAUACAGGAUAACACUCAUUUGGUCAACAAUUAGUUAUUCAACACCUUCUAUGACCGAGUGCUUCUUAGGCACCAGAUGCACAUAAAUGCACAUAUUAGAUUGUCAGGUCCCAUUCCUGCACAUUGCUUCUAGUCUAUGGAAGGAAGACAUGACUCGAGGAGCAAUUUAAUAAAGAACAGCAGGGGCUGUCAGAGGAAUUACACGUGCCAUACAAGCAUAUAGAAGGAGCAUCCAGCUUUGUCUGGGGUACAGUGGGGGGCUCAGGAAAGCUUGUCUGAAUAAUAGUAUAUAAGCCAAGACUUGAGGAAUGAGCUGGUAAAGGGGAGAAGGAGUUUUUCAGGCAGAGGGAGCAGCAUGUACCAAGGCCUGAGGCAAGAGAAGGCAAGACAGGGAGGGCAGAGAACUGAAAGAACACAUUUCAGCAUGGCUGGGUCAUGCCACAGUGAGGCCAGUCGCAGAUGAACCAGAGAACUAGCCAGGGGUCAGGGCCGAAGACCCUUGUCUGACAGGUCAGGCAGUGUGGAUUGUCCGUUGAUAGCAAUAAGACACUGGAGCGUUUCCCGCAGGGGAGAGCUUUGAUUAGAUUUGCAUGGCUCACAAGGAUUGCUCUGGCUGCUCUGUGGAGAACAGACCUGUGAGGGAGAGCAGUUCAGAGACUGUCCUGUGGUCUAGGUGAAAGACGAUGUGGUCUGUGUGAGGAUAAUGCAGUGGACGAGGGUGACCCAUGUAGAUGCAGGAAUGUCUAGGUGCUGUGCUCUGCAGGCCUCGCUGCUAAGGUGGAUGUGGAUGUUGUGAGAGAGGGAGGAGUCAACGAUAUCUCCCAAGUUUCUGGCCUGGGCAACUGGGAGACUGGUCAAAAAAACCAGAUGAUGUGGGGGUGAGGCGGGUAUGUGCAGAAUUUGGUUUUGCACAUGUUGAGUUGGAAGUGCCUGUGUGACACCUGCAUGAGGUGUCCUGUGCCAGCAGCAUGACUCUGUGGCUUGUACACUUCUUGCUCAAAUAGCUGGGCUAUUCCAUGGAGCUAAUCUUCAUGCCUUCUGGCAGAACUCUAGGUUCUUAGAAGCAGCUGCCGCUGGCCCUGUCUGUAGGAGGACCUCUAGGCUUGUGAAGGGAUCUGGUCGGGACUGGCUUGCCACCAGAACCUCAGUAGUGGCUGAAGUGCUUCUGGGGAUUGGGACCUCAGCAGGACCAGGGAAACAAAACCCCCGUAGAGGCAGCUGUGGGAAAAGCGGGAUGGGGUGAAGUUGAAUGUCUUGGAUUAGAUCCCUGGUUGCCUAGAACCCUCCAGAAAGGAAGGGAAGAGUCAGAAAGGAAGCUCAAGCACCUUGUCUUUGGGGAGACUGGUGACAUCCCGGUUAGGAGCAUGAGUUAUGGUACAGACGGAGCUGGGUUUGAGAUCCUGCUCUACCACAACCAGAUAUGUAAAUCUGGGCUUAACAUCUCAAACUCUUUAUUAUCUCGUCUGUAAAAUGGUGAAAGCAGUAGUACUCACUUCAUCGGAUUACUGGGAGAGUCCAUGUGUAACGAAUUGAGAUCCUGGGUAGAACAUAAUGCUCAGGAAAUGGCUGCUGCUGCUAUUUCUUCUCUUCCUCUUUUCCUUCGGCCUUCAUUUGCUGUUAUAAUUGUCACUCAGAUGUCUCUCUGAGGAGUAUAUUCUUGAAUCUUGAAUCCCAAUUCUAUGGCUUUAGAAAGGCUUUUUGCUUUCAAGAUCCAUGCAAGUUCCUAGAGGCUUAUUUUUGUCACAUGUACCAUUUUUCACUGCACCACAGUGAUGUAGAGACACUUUUGCAAGUUCUUCUCAAAGAAUCUGUCAUAUAGAACAUUAGGGAGCCACACAGACUUCACUGAAAGGAAAAUUAGGGAGCUGCACUGUCAGCUUUAACAGGCACUGUAGGCAUCGCUGUUUCUAACAUACACAUUGGAUACCUUAUCAUUGUGGGCCGUUUAGCUCAUCCCACCUCUUCCAGCUUCCCCCUGGAUGACUCUUUGUUCCCCGCUCAUCCUUUAUCAUGGAUUGUCCCUGGGAUCAUCCAUCUCCCUUUACUGUACAGAGCAGUUCAGAUUCCCUAGCGCCUGUGGCCCAACACACAUCCUCCAAUCAAUCAAGGGGACCAGCAGUUCAGAGCACCCUCCACCUAACAGGACCACCUUUCCUUGAAGUUUGUGGGUAUAAGUAGCCCGUUUUAGCAGGGAAAGGAUCUGAUUUCAUUGUUAAUGGUCACAGAUAUCUUUAUUUAUGUUUCUUUGAUCUAGGCCCUAGGAGAUGAGUCGGUGGGUGAAAUCUGCUGAAGGGGUUGUGAGCCUGGAUUUUGGCCUAUCUAGGUUGAAUCUUGGGCCUUCCCAGUCACUGUUCUGUGGCCUUGGGCAAUUUGCCUCACUUUUUUGAAUCUCUGAGCCUAAGAGUCUAGGCUGGUGUUUCUCUUCUUUAAAGCUACCACCAUCUACUUUAUGCCUUAGAAAAAAUGUCCCCAGCAUACCUGUGAGAUGGAAUACUGUCUUAGCCUCUGCCCUUCCCACUUUCUUGAAGGUUAAGCCCACAGUCCUGGGUUUAUUGAUGUUUAACUGCUAACUUCCCUGGAGGGAGGCAGGGAAGCAAAGUUGCACACCAGGAAUGUCGACAGAGAUAGAAUUCCACAGAAUUGGAAACUGUGCCCCUGGGUCUAUGUUUCUUGGCUCCUGACUCUUCUGAGGAGGUCCCUGCUUUCCUGUUUGUUUCCAUUUUCCCCAAGAGAGGAGCUUUCCCUUUCCUUCAUUGGGCCACCAUGCUGAAGGGCUGUGAGAGUAGAACAGUGGGAGACCAGGAACUAGCCAGCUGUGGAUGGAGUAAGAAGGAGAAACACAGUCUUGCCCCUAACGUUGUGGCCUUUACCCGGAGGUUUAACCAGGUCAGUUUUUGGGUUGUACGAGAAAUUCUAACAGCACAGACUUUAAAAAUAAGGGCAGAAAUCCUCAGCCAUUUUGUGAAAAUAGCCAAGAAACUUCUAGAACUCAACAACCUUCAUUCUCUCAUGUCUGUGGUGUCAGCAUUACAAAGUGCUCCCAUCUUCAGACUGACAAAAACCUGGGCCCUUUUGAAUCGAAAAGACAAGACUACCUUUGAGAAAUUGGACUACCUGAUGUCGAAAGAAGAUAAUUACAAGCGGACACGGGAAUAUAUCCGAAGCCUGAAGAUGGUUCCAAGUAUUCCCUAUCUAGGAAUCUAUCUUCUGGAUUUAAUCUACAUUGAUUCUGCAUAUCCUGCCUCAGGCAGCAUCAUGGAAAACGAACAAAGAUCCAAUCAGAUGAACAAUAUUCUUCGAAUAAUUGCUGAUUUACAAGUUUCCUGCAGCUAUGAUCACCUCACCACGCUGCCCCAUGUGCAGAAGUACCUGAAGUCCGUACGCUACAUUGAAGAGCUCCAGAAGUUUGUGGAAGAUGACAACUACAAACUGUCGCUCAGAAUCGAACCAGGAAGCAGCUCUCCAAGACUAGUCUCUUCCAAGGAAGAUCUUGCAGGUCCCUCUGCUGGCUCUGGUACUGCGAGGUUCAGCCGGAGGCCCACCUGUCCUGAUACGUCUGUUGCUGGCAGCCUCCCCACACCUCCAGUCCCCAGACACAGGAAGAGCCACAGCUUAGGCAACAAUAUGAUGUGUCAGUUGAGUGUAGUUGAGAGUAAAAGUGCGACAUUCCCAUCGGAGAAAGCAAGGCACCUACUGGACGACAGUGUCCUAGAGUCCCGCAGCCCCCGAAGGGGCCUGGCCCUGACCUCCUCCUCUGCUGUCACCAAUGGACUCUCCCUAGGCAGUAGUGAGAGCUCAGAGUUUAGUGAAGAGAUGUCUUCAGGGCUGGAAAGCAGGGGACGUCUCUAUGCCACCCUGGGGCCCAACUGGCGGGUUCCAGUUCGGAACUCUCCCAGAACCCGGAGCUGUGUCUACAGCCCCACCGGCCCGUGCAUCUGUUCUCUGGGGAAUUCGGCAGCCGUGCCCACCAUGGAGGGGCCUCUGAGAAGAAAAACCCUGCUCAAGGAAGGGCGGAAGCCUGCGCUGUCCUCGUGGACCAGGUACUGGGUCAUACUCUCAGGAUCCACCCUCCUGUACUACGGAGCCAAGUCCUUGCGGGGCACAGACAGAAAACACUAUAAAUCCACACCUGGCAAAAAGGUUUCCAUCGUGGGCUGGAUGGUGCAGCUGCCUGAUGACCCCGAGCACCCAGAUAUCUUCCAGCUGAACAACCCUGACAAAGGCAAUGUUUACAAGUUUCAGACUGGUUCCCGAUUUCAUGCAAUACUGUGGCACAAGCAUUUGGAUGAUGCAUGUAAAAGCAACAGGCCUCAGGUAAAGUCACCAAAAUCCUGCUUGUCACCUGAAAUAUCCUCUCCCACCCUUGGAACUAAGGGUCCUUAGAAAACAGGGUUCUCUUCUUUCAGAGCCCAUUAGCCACACUCUCAGAUACCCUCUUCUGAUCAGCAUCUUCCCUUGAGACAAGGCACCCCCUUGUUCAGCUUAGAACUAAGCCCAGCUCCAGACCAGAACUUUGAAUGUGGUUCCUGUGUCUUUCCCACAAUGGGAAAUGCCACAGAAACACCCACUGGGGGAUAGUUAUGAGCAGCUGCGAUAUCACCCCAGGAUCGGGUUCUAGCAUCUAUUUAGGUCAUCCCUGCCAAGAGCUGACUUCAUGGGAAUACUGCACACUCACUCCUCCCUGCCCCACAACCCUUGGGGAUGAUGCAGCUAACUUACUGACAGCCAGCCACGGGCCAGGCAAGGCUGCUGGUGAAAGGGGUCCCUAGCUUCUCAGUGUGUUUGAACCAGUAGAUUCUGUAUUGACAUAGGCCCCCUCUGGCCUACUGGACCUGGCUCGCGGUAUGGCCCCCUCCCCUGGUCGCCCCCAGCCAUCCCACCAAGGGUGUUACAUGAAAUGCUUCACGUGCAGGAAUUGGCUGAAUUCUCCCAACAUCCCUGUGAGGUGGAUUCUCUUACUGUCUCCAUUUUACGUUGAGGAUCCUGAGGCUCAGAAAGGGGCAGACACACGCUUAAGGUCCCACAUGAGUGAGCAGUGGAGCUGGGAUUGAACCCAAGUCUGCCUGACUCUCCUGAUUCACUACUUGUUGCCCCUGAGCCCUCCUGCCUGUCCUGCCUCCACGUCCCUGGUAACCCCCGCAGCUGAGCAAAAGACCGGAAGCACAUCCCCCGCUGUCCAGGCUUGUGAGAGAAAUGGCUACCUUUGCCCUCAGCAGCAAAUGGGAGCGGGCUGCAGCCUCCUGCUCCCUGGGGGUCAGGUGGGCAGCAGUGAUGCUCCUGUCCCUAAGUGUCCAUGUGUGUGUUCCCCAGGGAUCAGCCAGAGGAGGAGUGGGGGAAGCAGGAGUCCUCUCCUAGCCCAUCUUGGGCGGGCUAGGCGUAUGGUAUAGAGGGCUAGGCACAUGGCAUAGAGGGCUAGGCGCAUGGCAUAGAGGGCUAGGAGCAUGGCAUAGAGGGUGGCGCUUCAAGGAGGACAGUUGGGGGUAGUGCCGGGAAGUAGACUCAGCAAGCCUCCUUGCAGGUAGCAGCUCUGAAGUCUGGGGGACCUCAGCAAAGGCAAGUGCAUACCAGGCAUUUGGGUCCAGGAGGAUGGGGACUUCAUGGUGCCACAAGGCACAGUCACAGACUUCUUGGUCCCUCCAAGUGGUUCUGGAAGCUGGGGGGAGGUCUCUAGUGACAGCGACAGGUCCUAGGGCUCUGUGCUCAGCUCGGUCCUAUUCAGGAUCUGUAACACAGAUGAGGACAAACACGAGCAGCUGAUUGAAAUUAUAGAUGAUAAGAAGCUAGAAAGCAGAAUUAGCAAGUUCUCAGAAUUAGUCCUUGACCAACUAAAACAGGACAAGACCAAUACAAGAGUAAACAGGUGCCACAGGUUCCAAAUAAAUUGCAGUUGAUUCCCUUGACUCACCCGUCUGACUUUGGGGGAUUUGUCCUAGGGAUGUGCUCACACAUGUGCUCAAAGGCGUGUUUAAGAAUGUUCACUGCAGCAUUGUUCUUGAUAGGAACAAAACCCUGGUGGAAGCCUCUGUGACCCUCAGAGGGUCCCUGUUGUGCAACACUUGAUAGUUUUUAGAAAGAGGCAGAUCAGGGUAAAAACAUUUGGAAAGGAUGAUCUCGUCUGUAUAAAAGUUCUAAGAUGAUACACAAGAAAUGGUAAUUCUAUCGUUUCUAGAGAGCUUUAUAUAUAGUUUGUACAUUGAAUAAAUGUGAUUGGCCAUCCGUAUGACGGGAAGACAAGGGUUUUGGUCGGCAACCAUGUCAAGGUGAUCCCUUGAGACAAGGUGCCAAGACCUGAACGAGGCUGCUGCCGCCUCAGAUUGCAUUAAGAGAGGAAGAGCAUCCUGGCCUCUUCCAUGCUGGUCACAUCGUGUGUGUCUGGGGUCCCUCAGUAGCUCUGAGGACCCCUCUCUAAGAGCACAGCACACUGAAGCUCACCUACCACACACAGGAAGCCAGAGCAGCUCCAGGUCCAACAGGUACUGACAGUCCCAAGGUGGACCACAUGGAGGGCAGUAUGGGGAAGGAGGCAGGGCCCUGUGCCUGAAGCCUGGGCAGCAUGGUGGCCCCACCCAGGAGCCACAGUGGUAACCCUGAGCAAAACCCAUUGUCCCUCUUUGGAGAAGUGGCCAGAGGAUGACAGCAGCCCCAGCAGGCAGCGCAGGCUGAUCCCGCAGAGCACUAAUGGGUCAGUUUCAUGUAUUGGCAAAUGUGGUGUAGCAUGGCAAGGCUACAAUUUUUAAGGAUUUUUGUCUGAUUUUCAGACCUGGAGGAGGGGAUUUUUCUUCCUCCUUUUCCCCCUUUUUAUUUCUAAUUUACUUUCAACCAAAUAUUCCCACUCUAUGCUACAUGUAAUAAUAAAAAGUUGACAACAACUGAAA